UAACUACUCAGUCUAGUAUUGUCGCUGCGAGAAGUUAAAAGUGAUCGAUUAGAUUAUUAAUUUAAAAAUUAAUUUUACGUGUAAAUAAAAAAAUAAAAGUUAUAUACUCAGUGCAAAAUGCGUUUCUUUGCAACAUGUGGAAUACUAUUUAUAGCCUAUUUGGUUUAUGUGAAUGCUGAUGCCUGCGUUCAAUGUAACUCUGCUAACGAUAUUAAAUGUGCCACGAAUCCCGAUUCAUUUUUAGCUAAAGAAUGCAAAAAUUCGACAUCGAAAUGUUACACCAGAGUUUUAAAUGGUAACACUAUUCGUGGUUGUGCUAUGGACUUGGAUAAUGCCACUGCGUCUAACUGUAACAAUGAAAUGGAAUGUUUGAUUUGUACCUUUACCGAGGGUUGCAAUCGUCAAGUAUUCCCUACUCAUCGUUUGCAGUGUUUGCAAUGUAGCGGUGAUAAUGAAAACAGUACAUGUGCCACUGAUAUCUAUGCUAAGCCUGUGAUUUGUCCCACCUAUAAAUUGGGAGAUAAAUGUUAUAUUCGCAAAGAUGGUCUUAAUAAAACUAAUUCUGUUCAACGUGGCUGUCUAUCAAGUGCCCAAGAUAAUGGUUUAUGCAAGGAUAUUUCCAAUUGUUAUACAUGUGAGGGAGCUGGUUGCAAUUUCUUGGAAUUCAAUACUACUGAAAUUCCUUUGGCUCGGGAUUCCGCUAUGGCCUAUGCUGGCACUUCUAUGUUGCUGUUGUUGGUGGGAGUUGUUACUUCACGUUUCUUUUAAAACAUAACACUUUCCUUUCCCAUGACCAUUUGGUCAUAAUAAUAUGUUUUUUUUUUAUAUAAUUGCACAAUGUUUUUAAUUAAUCUAUAGUUUUGUGAAUAAAAUGCUGAAACUAAUAUAGUUACACUUACAAUUUAACUUUUAUAUCGGAAAAAUAAAUUUUGAAAAACUAAUUUGAAAAC